AUUGUGAUGAAAACUGAAGUUAGAAACGAUUGUAGAGCUCGCUGACUUUCCACGCUGGCGUCUUUGCUUCUUCUGGCUCCCUCCAGCUCACAUUUGCAGGGUUGUUGACUGCAGACUGCAGUUACCAUGUCUGACUCAGUAAUUCUUCGCAGUGUGAAGAAAUUUGGAGAGGAGAAUUAUGCUUUUGAGUCAGACGCAUCACAUAACAAUGAUAAGAAACCAAGGUUACAAGAUAAGAAGAAACAUGAUGGCAUACAAGUUGGCUUCUUUCAACUGUUUCGAUUUUCUUCAUCGACUGACAUUUGGCUGAUGUUGGUUGGAAGUCUAUGUGCGGUGCUCCAUGGACUAGCCCAGCCAGGAAUGCUUCUCGUCUUUGGUUUAAUGACUGAUGUUUUUAUUGAACAUGACAUUGAAAUACAAGAACUCAGUAUCCCAGGAAAAGCAUGUGUGAAUAACACCAUAGUGUGGAUCAACAGCUCCCUUAACCAGAAUGUGACAAAUGGAACCAGUUGUGGGUUGCUGGACAUUGAGAGUGAAAUGAGCCUGUUUUCCUGGAUCUAUGCUGGAAUUGGUGUUGCAGUUUUUAUUUUUGCAUAUAUUCAAAUAUGCUUUUGGGUGAUUUCUGGAGCUCGCCAAGUAAGAAAAAUGAGAAAAACGUACUUGAGAAGAAUAAUGAGAAUGGAGAUUGGAUGGUUUGACUGCAAUUCUGUGGGGGAGCUGAAUACAAGAUUCUUUGAUGAUAUGAGUAAGAUCAAUGAGGCCAUUGCUGACCAACUGGGCAUUUUCAUUCAGCGCCUGUCGUCAGCCAUCUGUGGGUUUCUGUUUGGAUUCUACAGGGGUUGGAAACUGACCUUGGUUAUUAUUUCUGUCAGCCCUCUCAUCGGUAUUGGAGCAGGCGUCAUUGCUCUGAGUGUGGCCAAGUUCACAGACUUUGAGUUGAAGGCCUAUGCUAAAGCAGGGUGUGUGGCCGAUGAAGUCAUUUCAUCUAUGCGGACAGUGGCUGCUUUUGGUGGUGAGAAAAAAGAGGUCAAAAGAUAUGAGAAAAAUCUUGUGUUUGCCCAGCGCUGGGGAAUUAGGAAAGGAAUGGUGAUGGGAUUCUUUACUGGAUACAUGUGGUGUCUCAUCUUCUUUUCAUAUGCACUGGCCUUCUGGUAUGGCUCCAGGCUUGUCCUAGAGGAGGAAGAAUACACAGCAGGAGACCUUGUCCAGAUCUUCCUCAAUGUCUUAAUAGGAGCUUUAAACCUUGGGAAUGCAUCUUCAUGUUUGGAAGCCUUUGCCACUGGACGUGCAGCAGCUGCCACCAUUUUUGAUACAAUAGACAGGAAACCCAUCAUUGACUGCAUGUCAGAAGACGGUUACAAGCUUGACCGAAUCAAGGGUGAAAUUGAAUUCCACAACGUGACUUUCCACUAUCCUUCCAGACCAGACGUGAAGAUUAUAUCUAACCUCAGCAUGGUCAUUAAACCUGGGGAAAUGACGGCUCUCGUAGGACCGAGUGGUGCUGGGAAGAGCACAGCACUGCAGCUCAUUCAGAGGUUCUACGACCCCUGCGAAGGCAUGGUGACUCUGGACGGCCAUGACAUUCGCUCUCUGAACAUCCAGUGGCUGAGAGAUCAGAUUGGGAUCGUGGAGCAAGAGCCAGUUCUGUUCUCCACCACAAUUGCCGAGAAUAUCCGUUAUGGCAGGAAAGACGCAACAAUGGAAGAUGUCAUCCACGCUGCCAAGAAGGCCAAUGCCUACAACUUCAUCAUGAACUUGCCACAGCAAUUUGACACCCCUGUUGGAGAAGGGGGAGGCCAGAUGAGUGGUGGCCAGAAACAAAGGAUAGCCAUCGCGAGAGCCCUUGUCCGAAACCCCAAGAUCCUCCUGUUGGACAUGGCCACCUCUGCGUUGGAUAAUGAGAGCGAAGCCAUGGUCCAAGAAGCACUGAACAAGAUUCAGCAUGAGCACACUAUCAUCUCAGUUGCCCACCGCCUGUCCACAAUCAGGGUGGCAGAUGUUAUCAUUGGUUUUGAACAUGGCACAGCAGUAGAAAGAGGGACCCACGAAGAACUGAUGGAAAGGAAAGGCGUUUACUUCACUCUAGUGACUUUGCAAAACCAUGGAGCUCUUUUCGAAAAAGAUGCAAACGAAAAAGAUGAAACUAAAGAUGACAUCCAUACAAACUUCAGCAGAGGGGGCUACCAGGACAGUUUAAGAGCUUCCAUCCGGCAACGCUCCAGAUCUCAGCUUUCUCACCUGGCUCAUGAACCACCACUAGCUGUUGUAGACCAGAAGUCUACUUACGAAGAUGGAAAGGACAAGGUCAUUCCAGUGGAAGAAGAAGAAGAAGUUGAGCCUGCCCCCAUUAGAAGGAUUCUGAAAUUCAAUGCUCCAGAAUGGCCCUACAUGGUGGUAGGGGGUCUGAGUGCAGCCGUCAAUGGGACAGUCUCACCCCUAUACGCCUUCUUAUUCAGCCAGAUUAUUGGGACUUUUUCACUUCCUGAUAAAGAGGAGCAAAGGUCACAGAUCGAUGGUGUGUGCCUGCUUUUUGUAACAAUGGGCUGUGUCUCUUUUUUAACCCAAUUUCUGCAGGGAUAUACUUUUGCUAAAUCUGGAGAACUCCUCACAAAAAGGCUGCGUAAAUUUGGUUUCCAGGCAAUGCUAGGGCAAGAAAUUGGCUGGUUUGAUGACCUCAGAAAUAGCCCUGGGACACUGGCCACAAAGCUUGCUACAGAUGCCUCCCAAGUUCAAGGGGCUGCCGGCUCUCAAAUUGGGAUGAUAGUCAAUUCCUUCGUGAACAUCGCAGUGGCCAUGAUCAUUGCCUUCCUCUUUAGCUGGAAGCUCAGCCUGGUCAUACUGUGCUUCUUCCCAUUCUUGGCUUUAUCAGGAGCCCUACAGACCAAAAUGUUGACAGGAUUUGCUUCUCAAGACAAAGAGGCUCUGGAGAGAGCAGGACAGAUUACCAAUGAAGCCCUGAGUAAUAUCCGCACUGUUACUGGGAUUGGAAUGCAGAAGCACUUUAUUGACGCAUUUGAGGCUGAGCUGGAGAAGUCAUUCAAGACAUCCAUUCAUAAAGCAAAUGUUUAUGGACUCUGCUUCGCCUUUUCCCAAGGCAUAUCAUUUAUUGCAAAUGCUGUGUCCUACAGAUAUGGAGGUUACUUAAUCCCCAAUGAAGGGCUCCAUUACAGCCAUGUGUUCAGGGUGAUCUCUGCAGUUGUACUGAGUGCAACGGCUGUUGGAAGAGCCUUCUCUUACACCCCAAGUUAUGCCAAAGCUAAAAUAUCAGCUUCACGCCUUUUUCAACUCCUGGACCGAAGGCCUCCAAUCAGUGUAUAUUGUGAUGAGGGUGACAAAUGGGACAGUUUCCAGGGGAAGAUUGACUUUGUUGACUGUAAAUUUACAUAUCCUUCUCGACCCGAUAUGCAAGUUCUGAAUGGCCUCUCAGUGUCCGUUAACCCAGGACAGACCUUGGCGUUUGUUGGAAGCAGCGGCUGUGGCAAAAGCACCAGUAUUCAGCUACUGGAACGUUUCUAUGAUCCCGACGAAGGGAAAGUGAUGAUAGACGGGCAUGACAGCAAAAGAGUAAAUGUCCAGUUUCUGCGCUCGAACAUUGGCAUUGUUUCCCAGGAACCAGUGUUGUUUGCCUGUAGCAUAACAGACAACAUCAAAUAUGGGGACAACACCAGAGAAAUCCCCAUGGAAAGUGUCAUAGCAGCCGCAAAGCAGGCUCAACUGCACGACUUUGUCAUGUCACUCCCGGAGAAAUAUGAAACUAAUGUUGGGGCCCAUGGAUCUCAGCUGUCUCGAGGGGAAAAACAGCGCAUUGCAAUUGCUCGCGCCAUUGUACGAGAUCCUAAAAUCUUGCUUCUAGAUGAAGCUACUUCUGCGCUAGACACAGAAAGUGAAAAGACAGUGCAGAUUGCUCUAGACAAAGCCAGAGAAGGCCGGACCUGCAUUGUCAUUGCCCAUCGCCUGUCCACCAUCCAGAACUCAGACAUCAUUGCUGUUAUGUCACAAGGGGUGGUCAUUGAAAAAGGGACUCAUGAAGAACUGAUGGACCAGAAGGGGGCCUACUAUAAGCUGGUCACUACUGGAGCCCCCAUUAGCUGACCUGACUCAAGAACUUUACAUAUCAGUAAUGCACGGAGUAUAGGAGAGGGUGCUGCGGGUUGUUGCGUCUUUAAAGGGAAGUGUGUUAAUAUCUUACCUUUAUAGACAUGGUCAAACACUGGGAUCUGAGCUAAUUCCUAAUGACUUUCAAUAAUAAUUCAGUUUGAGAUGUCCAUAUAGAAAAUGAGAGAAACCAGUGUCCUUGUAAGAAUCCAAAGUGAGAGAAGCCUGUGAACUUCUCAUUUAAAAAAACCAAAACAACAACAACAACAAAAAAUAGUCCCCUAGAAAGGCUCAAGAUGUAAAGUCCUUGAUCCUUCUGAAAGGGAAAAGAGAGGGACAGAUGGGGCUGAAGAUAGAAGAAUGGGAUGAAAACCUGCGAAGAUGCAGAGGCACAGAGCCUCCUGCUGCAGGCUGGCUGUUUUUGUCCAAUGCCAGCUGAACAUAGCUGGACCCUCUCCAGGGAGCUCACACUGGGAAAUUCACAUGUAGGCUUGUAUGUGAGGACCCAAGUUGCAGUUGAAGGGGUGGCCGACAUACAGCAGACCACAGAUUGAAUGUAGGGCAACAUGCAAACAGAAAAUCUUGCAGCCAUCUUCCUCUGGUAGGGGAUUGAAAAAUGAAUGGUCAAUACAGCAAAUGAUAUCUAUAAUCUUAAUGUAAGGAAGCUUUCAAAAACUUCCUAACCAGAUAGAUUAUCCUACUGUGAAGCCCAUUGGUCAGCAACAUACACAUACUUGCUCAGAGCUUCCCAGGCUUCUCCAUGGAAACACAUUAACAUAUAAAGCAAAAGCGAUGUGAGAAGAACCCUCUGCAAAGAAAAUUACAGGCAACAGAGACAAUGUGAAGAUUAGGAAAACACUCACAGGGUGGCAAUACAGUCAGUGAGACAAGAGAAGAUAUUUCCAUCUAUUCAAGUAAAAACAGGAGUCCAGACAAAUGGACACACACAAACACACACCAAAGAGCUCUUGAUAGUAGAAAUGAAAAAUGCAUUUCCCAUCUAACUGUCCCGUCCCCGCAGUGUCACCGCCCUCUGUCUUGCUCCCAAGCCCACUUUCUGUUUAUGUAUUUUCUUCACCUGGUCAAGAAAUGAGCUUCUAAGUACAAGCCUGUUUAGUAUUUCCCAGUAAAUGCUAACGACGGUUUAGCAGGUUAACUGCUCAGGCCAGAACUAUUGCUGGUUGCCAAGCUGUAGAGGUGGCAGGUAGAGGAAUUCAGUGUAGUUAUGAAAAAUGAGAGUGCUGGAAUUUGCAGAGUAAAAAUGUCUACUAGAGAGAAGCUGAACACGUGCUCAUCCUCUAAUCUUAAAAGGGAAGCUAAAAUCCGCCUGUCAAGUGGAUUUUCCCAAAAGAAAACUCAGACUCUGUCCUGGGAGUUGCCAGUUUUGUAGAAUGGAAUUUGUGUGAUAUGAAAAAGAAAUGAAUGAAUUAGCUUUUCAAAUAAGGCAUUCGAAAAUUUAUGAGUGGAGAAAGAUUAGCCAGAGGGAAUGUAAA